AAUGAGCAAACAAUAUAAAAGCAUAAAUGAUUUGCCAGAUUGGGUUAAAAUGAUCACAGGUGGUAUUGCAGGAAGUGUAGCAGAGGCUAUUACCAUUCCAAUUGAUACAGCUGUAUGUUAUUUAUUAAUAUUUAAAAAUAGAAGGUACGUCUAUAAAUCCAAAAACCAGAUGCAAAUGGAAAAUAUAGAUAUCAUGGAUUAUUAGAUACAACUAAGAAGAUAUAUAGUGAAGAGGGAGUAUCAAGUUUGUUUAAGGGUCUGACAGCAGGAAUUUAGAGACAAUUAGUGUUUGCAUCAAUCCGUAUUGGAUUGUAUGAACCUGUAAGAAAUAAUAUUUGAAUUUAAAGACGCGUGAUUUCUUUUGUGGCAAAGAUUUUAAAGGAGACCCUCCCCUGUCUAAAAAGAUAUAUGCAGGUCUAGCAACAGGUGGAAUUGGUAUUUCAAUUGCAAGUCCAUUUGAUGUGAUAAAAGUGAGAUUUUAAGUGGAUGGAAAUCUACCAGUUGAAUAACGUCGUUAUAAAAACUUGACAGAUGCAUACAUUAAGAUUUAUAAAUAAGAUGGGUAAUAGAUAAUAAAAUAAUUUAAGGUUGCAUGGAUUUUGGAGAGGAGUUACUCCAAAUAUUAUUAGAAAUGCUGUGAUUAAUUGUGCAGAAUUAGCUACAUUUGAUCAUAUUAAGGAAUCUUUAAUUAAGACUGGGUUAUUCCAUGAAGGAUUAACAUGUCAUUUUGCAUCAAGUGCUUGUGCAGGAUUUAUUGCAGCAGUUGUUGGAUAGCCAGUAGAUUUAAUUAAGACUAGAGUUAUGAAUUAAAAUGUUGGUGUUUUAACUGUUGUAAUGAAUAUCAUAAAAAAUGAAGUAAGAAUUAUAAAUAUAUAAUUAAUAGAGAUUGUUAAAUCUAUAUAAUGGAUUUUCAGCAAAUGCAGGUAGAAUUAUUACAUGGAAUAUUUGCAUGUUUGUUACAUUAGGUUAAGUUAGAUUAUUUGCAUUAAAUAAUUUCUAUAAAUCACCUGAAUGAU